GGACCUGCAGCCUGACCCCGCGCCCCCCCAGCCAUGAGCCGCCGCGUGGUGCGCCAGAGCAAGUUCCGGCACGUCUUCGGGCAGCCGGUGAAGGCCGACCAGAUGUACGAGGACAUCCGCGUCUCCAAGGUGACGUGGGACAGCUCCUUCUGCGCCGUCAACCCCAAGUUCUUGGCCAUCAUCGUGGAGUCCGGCGGCGGGGGGGCCUUCAUCGUCCUGCCCCUCGCCAAGACGGGGCGCGUGGACAAGAACCACCCGCUGGUGACGGGGCACACGGCGCCCGUGCUGGACAUCGACUGGUGCCCCCACAACGACAACGUCAUCGCCAGCGCCUCCGAGGACACCACGGUCAUGGUGUGGCAGAUCCCCGACUACGUGCCCGUGCGCAGCAUCACGGAGCCGGUGGUGACGCUGGAGGGACACUCCAAGCGGGUGGGCAUCAUCUCGUGGCACCCCACGGCGCGCAACGUCCUGCUGAGCGCAGGCUGCGACAACCUGGUGAUCCUCUGGAACGUGGGCACGGGGGAGAUGCUGCUGGCGCUGGAGGACAUGCACACCGACCUCAUCUACAACGUGGGCUGGAACCGCAACGGCAGCCUCCUGGUCACCACCUGCAAGGACAAGAAGGUUCGAGUCAUCGACCCCCGCAAGCAGCAGGUCGUGGCGGAGAAAGACAAACCGCACGACGGCGCCCGCCCCAUCCGCGCCAUCUUCAUGGCCGAUGGCAAGAUCUUCACCACCGGCUUCAGCAAGAUGAGCGAGCGGCAGCUGGGCCUCUGGGACCUGGAGAGGUUUGCCCCCCACGAAGGGCUGAGGCCCGUGCGGGCCAUCUUCACGCGGGAAGGACACAUCUUUACCACGGGCUUCACCAGGAUGAGCCAGCGGGAGCUGGGCUUGUGGGACCCGAAUAACUUCGAGGAGCCCAUCGCCCUGCAGGAGAUGGACACCAGCAACGGGGUCCUGCUGCCCUUCUACGACGCCGACUCCAGCAUCGUCUACCUGUGCGGAAAGGGGGACAGCAGCAUCCGGUACUUCGAGAUCACGGACGAGGCGCCCUACGUGCACUACCUGAACACCUACAGCAGCAAGGAGCCGCAGCGGGGCAUGGGCUUCAUGCCCAAACGCGGGCUGGACGUCAGCAAGUGCGAGAUCGCCAGGUUCUUCAAGCUGCACGAGCGCAAGUGCGAGCCCAUCGUCAUGACGGUGCCGCGCAAGUCAGACCUCUUCCAGGACGACCUGUACCCCGACACCCCGGGCCCCGAGCCGGCCCUGGAGGCGGACGAGUGGCUGUCGGGGAAGGACGCGGAGCCCAUCCUCAUCUCGCUGCGGGACGGCUACGUCCCCGUCAAGAACCGGGAGCUGAAGGUGGUCAAGAAGAACAUCCUGGACAACAGGCCCCCCCCGGGCCCCCGCCGCAGCCACUCCACCUCCAACGCCGACAUCUCCUCGCCCGCCCUGGAAGAGGUGCUGGAGGAGAUCCGUGCCCUGAAGGAGACGGUGCAGGCGCAGGAGAAGCGCAUCUCCGACCUGGAGCACAAACUCUGCCAGUUCACCAACGGCACGGACUAGCGCCGCGGCCGCGGGCAGGGCGAGGACUGCGCCCGCCCGAGGCAGGCAUUAAAGCCGAGUCCCCGCAGCGGGCAGGA